CACGCCAUGGCCUGGGCAAACAGAAUUAGUCAUGAAUCCUUCAUCCAUCAUUACAAAAUAUAGCGUGCCUGUGACCAACAGGUAGCGUGACGUCACCAAGCCUUCUAUAAUCGACUAUGAUGACUUCAUGCUAGAAAAACAACACGUAAAUAAAUGAGCGGUUACUGCCACGUGUCUGUAUAGUAACGUUCAGAAUGCUUUGCCACAUGUUGUUGUUAGACAGAACCAACAUGUCUAACGAAAUGUGUUCACGACGUCACAGUCUUCCGGCGUUACUUUCCCGCGAGUUCAUGAAGGGGCGGGGCCAUGUACGGCUACGGUGCAUUCUAUUGGACAGCCCGACACUCACCCGCCGCCUGUACAAAGCACGUGUGCAGAGUGGACCAAUCGCUGGCUGCGCCCUCCUCCCGACCGGCACGCAGUGGCGCGAAAAUCUCCUCAGUGUGUCGUCCGGCUGCAGCGGAGUCACCCCGUCCCGAGCUGUGCUACUUUUUAAUAUCGUUUCAGAGGGCAACAGACAACAUUCCGCCAUGGCAACCGACGUCGCAGAUGAGCGGGAGAUGAGAGCGGCCCAGCGGGACUACCUGGACUUUCUGGAUGACGAUCAAGACCAGGGGGUUUACCAGAGCAAAGUCCGGGACAUGAUCGGGGAGAACAAAGCGCGACUCGUCGUCAACAUCAACGACCUCAGGAGACGCAACGAGGCCCGGGCUGCAAAACUGAUGAGCAACGCCUUCGAGGAGCUGCAGGCCUUCCAGCGCGCCCUGAAGGAGUUCGUGGCCUCCGUGGACGCCACCUACUCCAAGCAGUAUGAGGAGUUCUUCAUCGCCCUCGAGGGCAGCUUUGGCGCCAAGCACGUCACCCCCCGCACCCUGACCUCCCGCCUGCUGGGCAGCAUGGUGUGCGUGGAGGGCAUCAUCACAAAGUGUUCCCUGGUGCGUCCUAAAGUGGUGCGCAGCGUCCACUACUGCCCGGCCACCAAGAAGACCAUGGAGAGGAAGUACACCGACAUGACCUCGCUGGAUGCUUUUCCCUCCAGCGCCAUCUACCCCACCAAGGACGAGGAGAACAACCCGCUGGAGACGGAGUUCGGCCUCUCCGUCUACAAGGACCACCAGACGAUCACGGUGCAGGAGAUGCCGGAGAAAGCCCCGGCCGGCCAGCUGCCCCGCUCCGUGGACAUCAUCCUGGACAACGACCUGGUGGACAUCGUCAAGCCGGGAGACAGAGUCCAAUCCAUCGGGACAUACCGCUGCCUGCCCGGAAAGAAGGGAGGGUUCACCUCCGGGACGUUCAGGACCAUCAUGAUAGCCUGCCACAUCAAACCCAUGAGCAAGGAAGUGUCCCCCAACUUCUCAGCUGACGACGUGGCAAAGAUCAGGAAGUUCAGCCAGAACCCCCACUUGGAUGUGUUCGAUCAGCUGGCCCGCUCACUGGCUCCCAGUAUCCAUGGCCACGAGUACAUCAAGAAGGCCAUCCUCUGCAUGCUGCUGGGCGGCGUGGAGAAGGUGCUGGAGAACGGGUCGCGCAUCAGAGGAGACAUCAACAUCCUGCUCAUCGGCGAUCCGUCGGUAGCCAAGUCCCAGCUGCUGCGUUACGUGCUUCACACGGCGCCCCGGGCCAUCCCCACCACCGGGCGGGGCUCCUCUGGGGUGGGUCUCACCGCCGCGGUCACCACCGACCAGGAGACUGGUGAGCGGCGUCUGGAGGCGGGGGCUAUGGUGCUGGCCGACCGCGGCGUGGUGUGCAUCGACGAGUUUGACAAAAUGUCCGACAUGGACCGCACGGCCAUCCACGAGGUGAUGGAGCAGGGCCGCGUCACCAUCGCCAAGGCGGGCAUCCACGCCCGCCUCAACGCCCGCUGCUCCGUGCUGGCGGCCGCCAACCCCGUCUACGGCAGGUACGACCAGUACAAAACCCCCAUGGAGAACAUCGGCCUCCAGGACUCCCUGCUGUCCCGCUUCGACCUCCUGUUCAUCGUGCUGGAUCAGAUGGACGCCGAGCACGACCGCGAGAUCUCGGACCACGUGCUGAGGAUGCACCGCUACCGCGACCCCCGCGAGCAGGAGGGAGCAGCCAUGGCGUUCGGUGGAACCGUAGACGUCCUGGCUACUGAAGACCCAGAUGCAAUAGUGGAGGAGCACGAGGAGCUGCAAAUCUACGAGAAGCACAACAACCUGCUGCACGGAAGCAAGAGGAAGAGGUACGCACGCAGCUGGAGAAUAACCCUAAACGGUGACCAUAAGCAUGGAAGCAAACAGCGUGUCCUUUGUCUCAGGGAUAAGAUUGUGAGCAAGGAGUUCAUGAGGAAGUACAUCCACAUUGCGAAGGCGGUGACCCCUGUGCUGACGGAGGAGGCAGCCAAACACAUCGCAGAGGAGUACUCGCGGCUGAGGAGCCAGGAGCAGAUGGGUGCCGACAUGGCCAGGACGUCCCCAGUGACGGCCCGUACGCUGGAGACGCUGAUCCGUCUGUCCACGGCACACGCCAAGGCCCGCAUGAGCAAAGCUGUGGAGCUGGAGGACUCGGAGGUGGCCGUGGAGCUGGUGCAGUUUGCCUACUUCAAAAAGGUCCUGGAAAAGGAGAAGAAACGCUCGAGACAAGAGAGGGACUCUGGUUCAGAGGAGGAAGAGGAGGCCUCCACUCAGAGUUCACAGAAAACCACAAAGAGAGGGCGCCGUGGUUCUCAGGGCGCUGACACCUACAGCCCGUACGACUUCAGCGAGGAGCAGGAGGUCCCUCAGAUUCAGGCCGGUGCUCAGAAAGCAGCUAAGGGACAGCGGGAGGAGGAGCCUAUGGACACGGCGUCAAAGGCUGGAGACUCUGAGGUCUCCGCUGAGAGGCUGAAGGAGUUCAUGUCGUCCCUGUUCGACGUGUUCGAGGCGGCUCACGCUCAGUCGGUGAACAUGGCGACCCUGACGGACGCCAUCAACAAGGGGCGCGAGCGGCGCUUCACGGAGCCCGAGGUGCGCAGCGCUUUGGCUCGCAUGCAGGACGACAACAAGGUCAUGAUGGCCGACGACAUCAUCUUCCUCAUCUGAGAGGAAUAAUCAGAGGACUGUCCGUCACACGUCCUGAUUGAUCCCUUUGUGUCGCUGACAUGAAGCGAACCUGGUCUGUGACGAGGCCUGAUGGUCUCAGGCAGGUUGUUCUCCUGGUGGAAAUGCUUCCACUUACCCUCCAUGUGUGAGGUCUGGGUUUGUAAAUAGUUGAAAAGCGGUUUUGAUAUUGUAGUUGUCUAUUGAAACAUUAAACAUGUGACAAACACAAUUUGUUUAAGUGAUUGACAAGCAGUACAUCACAAGAUGCUACUUCAUGGAAAAAAUAAAACCACUCAAUAAAGAUCUGAUUAUGGGUUUAAGAACACUAGGCCUAGGUUCGACUGGUACCUACUGAAACGCAACGCAGAAUGUGGUGCUUGUUUUCGCUUCCUGAGCCGAAUGAGGAGCUUAAUUUACACACUGACUUUUGCCUAGCACUUGUGUAGCUGCAGCGACUCGCUAACCAUCUACCUUCUAUUCGUAUUUAAGUUAGUGUUUCCCUCUGUUAUUAAAGUCUGCAGUUCUUUCAAAGCGCACGUGCACAGGAAAGCACAGCGUGAUUCAGCAUUAAUCCUAAAUGAAAUGAUUAAUAGUCCCCAAAUUACAAUGAGCUAAUGGAUCCACUUCAAGGUCUUACAGAGGAAACGACAAGUUAUUGUGCAUUGUUCAACUCAAACCACAUUUUCAAAACUUCACACAUUCAGCAGCACACAGGUG